GAACCAAUCUGUCUUCAACUCAGCGUCAAACGUGGAAGCAGAGGAGCGUCAAAAAAAUCAAAAAGGCAAAGUCACGGGAGGUGACUCACCGGCGCGUCGUGACCGAUCGGACAACCUGGUCCAGUUCUCAAAGAAAGAGAAAACCCAUUAAUACAAACAAAAAAAUAGACAAAGCCCUUCAUUAAUUCCUUUCUCUGGACUGUUUCUUGACGCAAUCAAUCAUUGUACUCCACUGUUUUUUACUUAAUUUUUCUUCUUUCUCUCUCUCCCUCUCUCUCUCUCUCCCAUCUUCACCCAAACUUAGUGUUCUCAAUAAGCUAUUGGGUCUGGUAUGGUUUUGCUGUUUUGAGGUUUCAGUGGCGGAAUGGGCGUUUUGGUUGAUGAAUUCUUGAGUGGAAGAGAAGAGUGAUGAGAGAUUUGGUUAGUGAAUGUAGUGGAGAUUUCUGGGUUCGCCACAUAUGUUUCGAAGACUAAGAUGGUUCAUUGGUUUAAACCAAAGAAAUUGGUCAACGAAGAGGCUGCCUACUCCCAGCCAUAAUCAGCCACUCUCGGACAGGGUCUUACCGCCGCCUCCGCCGCCGGUUACCCUUGACACCGUGCAUGAAGUAGCCGUUUACAUUCACCGAUUUCAUAAUCUUGACCUUUUUCAUCAAGGAUGGUACCGGAUUAAAAUUACUUUGAGAUGGGAAGACGGUGGGAAUCAUGCUUUCAUGGCAACUCCUUCCCGAGUUGUUCAAUAUGAAGUUCCUGAGAUGGGUUCCGAAGACCCAUAUGGUAUUUGGAGAAUUGAUGAUGCGGACAACAGUUUCUCAACACGACCUUUCAGAAUUAAAUAUGCAAGGCAGGAUGUUUAUCUAUCUAUUAUGGUAGCCUUCAGUCUGCCCGUUUGUAAUCAUGAGGGUCCAUCAACAUCUGCUGUUAUUUUGAAGUUUGAACUAAUGUACUCCCCUAUGUUGGCACACGGCUCUGAAUUCCUAGAUUCUCAGGAUAUGUGCUCUGCUGCAGUUCACGAAUAUCGAAUUCCUUCUAAAGCUCUUCUGGGACUGCAUUCAUAUUGCCCCAUUUGUUUUGAUUCUUUUCAUGCUGUUCUUGUGGAUGUAAGUGUACACAUUAGUCUAUUGACGUCAAGCACUUCAUUGCCCCCAGUGACACUACCCAGUGAUGAAUGUGCUGAUGAAGUUGUUUCUUCAGAGGAUGUUGAUGGCCCAAAUCAAUCAGAUUCCACGACCAACAUGUCAUUUGGUCAAGUGGCUCCUGUAGAUAGCAAACAGGUUGCUAUCAUUAAAGCAUUAAUAGCUGCCCAUGACCUACUUCUUGGAGAUUUGCAAGAAAUAAGCAAAUCAAUCAACACAGCAAUUGAUUUAAGCGAUUUGACUUCCAAGCUGGAUGGCAUAAAGCUCAGUCUUGUGGAUGGAGUUUCAGUACAACAUUCAAGCAAGCCACAAAAUGGCAUUCAGAAAACAGAUGCUAUGACUGGUUUUCAAAAUGAUAAAUCGACUCAUUCCAUGUCUGGGAAUGAUAUAGUAAACUCUUUUAACAUCCUUGGCGAUCAGCUCUCAUAUCUAUGGAAGAUGUUUUUUACUUUCCACAGGGCUAACAAAAGGAAGAUAUUGGCAUUUCUGCGUGAUACAUGGGCUAUUGACCGGAGAGCUGAAUGGUCAAUAUGGAUGGUAUACUCUAAGGUUGAGAUGCCGCAUCAUUUUAUGAGUGGGAGGAUUGAUGAAUCUUCCUACCUCAAUAGUCACGGGACUGCUUUGACUUUGUGGAAGUUAAGCUUAGAUCCUGCCCAAGGUGCUGCUAUGCGUGCUGAAUUACAUAGGCGGAGUAUAUCACAAAUGAGGAUCAAUAAUCGAUCACUGCAAGACAUGCACAUCUUUGGCGAUCCUUCAUGUAUUCCUAUUGUAAUUGUAGAACGAGCAAUGAAUCCACCCUUACCUGCUACUGGUGGAAAUGCAUACUUCAGCAAUUUGGGGAGGAAAGACACUAAUAGCAUACUUAGUAAACCUAUUUCUGAGGCUAUAAAUAAGUCAACUGGGGGUAGCUCACAACAAAAAGAUCGUAUUCUAAAAGUAGUUGUUUUUGUCCAUGGAUUCCAGGGACAUCACUUGGAUUUACGGCUUUUUAGAAAUCAAUGGCUUUUGAUAGAUCCCGAGAUAGACUCUCUCAUGUCACAAGCAAAUGAGAAUAAAACAUCUGGAGACUUCAGAGAAAUGGGAUUAAGGCUGGCUGAGGAAGUGAUAUCUUUCUUAAAAAGGAGAAUGGAUAAAGUCUCAAGAACUGCAAAUUUGAGGGAUAUUAAGCUCUGUUUUGUUGGGCAUUCCAUUGGAAAUAUCAUCAUAAGAACUGCAUUAGCAGAGAGCAUCAUGGAACCUUACUUAAGAUACCUAUAUACAUAUAUCUCUAUUUCUGGUCCACAUUUGGGGUAUCUGUACAGUUCUAACUCUUUAUUUAGCUCUGGACUUUGGCUGCUGAAGAAGUUCAAGGGCGCACAGUGUAUUCAUCAGCUUACUUUCUCAGAUGUCCCUGACCUUCAGGGCACUUUCUUGUACAAACUUUGUAAGCAGAAGACAUUUGAAAACUUCAAGAAUAUAAUCUUAUUGUCCUCGCCUCAGGAUGGUUAUGUUCCAUACCAUUCUGCCAGAAUCGAAUUGUGCCAAGCUUCUUUUUCUGACCAUUCAAUAAGGGGCAAGGUCUUCUUGGAGAUGCUGAAUGAUUGCUUGCACCAGAUACACGCUCCCUCUUCCGAGCACCGUGUUUUCAUGCGUUGUGAUGUCAACUUCAAUAUGUCAUCUCAGGGCAGGAACUUGAAUACUAUCAUAGGACGGGCUGCUCAUAUUGAAUUUCUGGAGUCUGAUAUUUUUGCCAAGUUCAUUAUGUGGUCUUUCCCAGAGCUAUUUAGAUAGUGUACUUCAAAUUCUCCGAUAAAUGCUUUCUUUUUCAUUCUACUUCGUCUAGAAACCGGGCUGGCCAGGACAUCACCUCGUAUACCAAGGACAAACUGAGGAUAUCCGAUAUUGGAAGCAUUUUACAGGUGAAGUUGCUUAGUAAUUUGUCUGCCAUGUGCAAAGUCCUUUCAGUUUCAGGUGAGUGAAAUGGGAUCCUUAAUCUGGGUUGAGUCUCCCUUGAGCGCCAUUGGCUUCCAGGUUUCCAUCUUUUGACUUCACACAUCUGAUAAAGAUGGAAUUAUAAAGAGUAGUUUUUUAAUAGAUGGCCAUGGCACUAACGUUGUAAAUCAGGUGCUGAACUGAAGCUGAUCUAGAAAUUGGGAAUUGUUAUCCUCUCUCCCGAAGCUCCAGAUUUGAGUAAUACUACAGGCCAUGGUAUUUUAGUUCCUUCAUUUUUAUGUUGUACAUAAGAAGAGAUUAUAUAUAUAUAUAUAUAUAUAUAUACAUUGUAUUUUUGUCUUAGUAAGGUUAAUUUUGACUUAAAGGAUAUAAUGUAACCAGAAAACAUUGUAGUUUUGUCUUAGUUAGCUGGUUAUGUAAACAAAAUUAGGAUCACGGUGCAGGCUGUGCUAAUCAAUACCUACUGUUUUUUGUGAGGCA